UAUCUUACACAGAAUGAAAAUCAGCCCACAUAUCACUCCAACACACAUCUCCUCUACACCCAACCAACCACUUAUAUAUCUCCAACCAAUUAUAAGUAUUACUCAAACAUACCUGCAACAUCUUACUUAAACCCAUACUAUUAUUACAAUGCUAAAGCCUACUACACAUCUCCAAAGAUCACUAUCUCUACAGUGGAAAAUACUAAUAACCAAUUAUUACCCCAAAUUUACUCAUCGCACCAACCUUCCACCACAUCAUCAACCAACUUCACUGAGCAACAACUUGUGUAUUGGCAACCCCCAAAAGAAGGAUGGCUCAAACUAAAUUUUGAUGGUGGAAUCUAUCCAAACAAAGAAGCUCCAAAACAAGUAGAUGCUAUUCGAGCAGGGAUAUUUCAAGACCACAAAGGAAUUUGCAUUUAUGCUUUCGGAGACACAAUACCAAUGACAUUUGUAGAAUAUGUUGAAGCAUCAGCUUUAUGCCGCGGAUUACAAAUUGCAGCUGAAAAUGAAUGGCCAAAGAUAUGGGCAGAAGGUGAUGCAGAAUUCUUAAUCGAGACAAUUCUACACAAUACACAAAGAGAUUAUGGUAGCAUCGUAUGGAAACUCAUAGGCAAUAUCCGCAGAAGAAAACAAAAUUUUCAAGAUUGUAAAAUCACCUUCAUUCGUCGAGAAGGCAACUCUGCAGCUGAUGCAAUAUGCAACCACAUCAAAGGAAAAUAUGGGAAUUUCCAAUACGAUGACAAUACUUUACCACGCAAAAUUAAAAAUAUUGUACAUCAAGAAAGACAAGGAUAUAUCUAUACACAUUGUACAUAAUCACACUAGCAUAGAGUACUUCCUCUUCUGCUUAUCUUUUGUAGACAAACCCCCACUGUAUACCUAAUAUAAUAGUGUUGAAUAAUUACUAAUAAUGACAUUUGUAUGAAUCAUAAUAAUUACUUUUUUUA